GACCCCUGGCGCCGCGCCGCCCGACUUUCGCAUCGUGAAAAUGAAAGGAGACGGCAACUGCCUGUUCCACGCGCUGUCCCUGCACGAGGGCGGGGACGCCGCAGCUUUGCGGGAGGAGCUGGCAGAAUUCCUGGAAGAGCGUUCUGCCGAACAAGACGAAGAAGAGGAAAUCUGGUUGGAGGAAGCGGCAAUUCUCCGCGGCGAUCCGGCGCACUGCUGGGGCGGAGACACCUCAGUGCUGGCGUGGUCCUUGCUCCGGCAGCGCCGCGUGAACGUGCACUGGCAAGACGAAGAUGGAAAGUUCCACUCCAGUUGCCGCACGCACUGGCGGGUCGCGGAAGACCUCGAAGCAGAAGAUUUCUCGGCGGUGCAUCUGCUCUACAACGGGGUGGACCACUACGACCUGCUGACGGCGACGCCCUCCAAUCAAAUGCCCUCGCAGAGCCCCCAAGAGCGCCUAACGGAGGAGUCCGGCGGCGCACACUCCUCGGCCUUGGGAGGCCAACCUGCUUCCAAGUCACAGCCAAAGCCAGUGCCAGAGAAAGGUGCAAACGAGGAGCAAGGUGGAGUGCUGGAAGAACUGAGCCUGUGCCAGAUCGCUGCAGAAUCUUCGCACCCGCACAGACCGCUCGAGGACGGCUUGCGCAAGCUGGCCGGCGAGCUGCGGGAUUUCCCGACGCUUCCGCCUGGAGCAUCUGUGCACUCACUGGAUGCGGGCGAAGCAUGGCCGCACGUUUUCUGCGCCUUCCAAGAGUGCACAUGGAGCUGCGAGCGCGGGGGAGAACGGGAGUUGACGCAGCAUCUCCGCCAUUCUCACCUGUCCCAGCUGGAGCCGCUGCUGAAGUUGCUGCCCGACCCAAAUGCCAAGGACGCCUUCCUGAGCAUUUACAACCAGGCCGUGGCCAUCAGGUGCCGCGCUCAAGCGCCUUUGGCCGGCUGCUCCCUGGAUCGCAAGGCCUUGCAAUCGUUCUCGGCAGCGACAGCUCGCGACGGGGUGGAGGCGCUGGUCUGUUUCUGCUGCGCCUGCAUCCACACCCGCGUCGCCGAGACAGAAGAGAAGGGGAACAUCAGAUGGCGCCGCCCGCUGCAGCAAGACGCGGCGCGGCCAGAAGCGCCGCCAACCUUCCUUGGCCGGCAGCUGCCCGAAGUGCUGGACAUUCUGGGGCUCGACUCCUUCCUCGAGAAGUACGACCGCCUGGAGGGCGACCUCAAGCUGACCACCUUCGAGGACUUCACCCGCUGGCGGGUCCAACUCCCAGACGGCGCCUUCCUGCUCUGCUGCCCGGAAGAUCACCGCUGCUCCAGGCACCCGGAGCACGCGACGGAAGGCUGCUUGUGCGAGCACUGCGAAGUGCCGAUCUGCAGCGAAUGCCACGAGAACUUGGCGGCGGGCCGGCUUCCGCCUCUCAGCCUGGCCAACGACAUGUGGACCGGGUACGCCCCGGAGCGCCUCUACACCGACAAGGUCACGGUCAUGGAGAUGAUUUGCGCCAGCCCCUGCAUAACCACGCUCGUGCGCAUGUCCAUGGAGGCGCGGUACCGCAGCGAGAGCUCGCCGCUGGACGAGCACGCCCACAUGGCCAGGCACCGCCUCGGCGCGCGGGGCAACGCGUUGACCUUCCCUCUGCCGUGGGAAGACCUCUUGCGGAACCUGCAGGCGCACCACGGCGUGCUGGAAAGCGAAGCAGGCGGGGAGGCGCCCGCCCAGCUGCCGCGCAGCGGACCUGAGCUGGGAAACGUGGUGCGCGUGGUGCUGAAGACCAACAAGACUGCCAAGACCUCGGACGCCGAGAUCAAGAGCUUGAUCCACCAGGCGAACGUGCGCAGAGAGGUGGUCGUGCAGCUGAUCCUCGACAUGAAGAAACUGGGGCACCCGGCCUACCAGGGCGCGGACGAGGUGGCCGUUCGACAGGCGGCCCUAUCUCUGCCUGAAGACGGAGUUCCUCCGGAAGUGCUGAAGGUCAUCGCGGAGAUCGACGACAAGGCGGAGGACCGCUUGCAGCCGCAAAAGGCGGCCACGCCGUCCGAUGCCUUUCUGCAGCUGGAAGAGGCCGGCGCGAUCUUUGCCGCCCAACGAGCCCGCGCCGUGGUGCCGGAAGGCUGGAGCGUGGAUCGCCAGGAUCAGAAUGCAGCGGGAGUGCUGGCCCUGAACGAGCUGGCCGAGCAGUUACGGGAAGCGGAGGACCCGGGCCUCCAUCAAUCGCCGGAAACUCGGGAAGAAGCAGCCCCCAGGGACAAGGUGGCGCAAACUUUCGAGGUGCGGACGGGCAACAAGUUCAUUGACCAAUUCCAACCGAUGUACUUUGCCACGGCUUUCUGCUUCUGCUUCAAGCACGCCACUGCCUGCCCCGACAUUCAGAAGACCAACGCGGCUCAGGACAGCAAUGCGGCGGGCGCGGCGACCCGACGCCGGUCCCGCGACGCCAAGGCGCCGGAGGUCUUCAUCUACGACUGGGCUGCGGCCAUGCUUCGCCGCGUGGAAACCCAAUUCCGCCGGGACUGGACCUUUGGCUUCACGGUUUGGAACUACAUCUUCCGGACCAUGAUCAACCUUCAGAAGAACACCUACAUGUACACCAUCCCGGACGAGCGCGGCGGCCGCCGACCGCUCACCAACGAGGACAUCCUCAAGGGCGUGUGCGAGAUCCAGCAGAAGUUGUGUCGCGGCAAGUACAAGGACGUCACCGGUGAGAUGAAAGCCAUCAAAGGCGAUCUGUCAAAGGUGCGCUACGCGCCCAAUCUGUCCGAGGCCGCCAAGAAGGUCUUGGACAACUGUGAAGCCAGAACUCGCCGGAUCCCAGGAACGCACGAAGUGCGGCAGACCAUGCGCCACCAAACGCACGCCUACAGGGUUUGCUAUGGCACCUCCCUCUUCUUGACCUUCUCGCCGUCCGAGCGGGACACCACGCUCAUGCUGCGCCUGGCCCGCGCGCGCAGGAGCGACCCAGCCAUCGCCCAGGAAGGGUCCAAGAAGUUCCAAGCCAGGGACGAGCCAGAUCUGGAGGUGGAGUUCUGUCGCCUCGACCCGGAAGCCCUUGCGGCCGAGCUCCCGCCCUAUGACGAGCGCAGAGCCAUGCUGGCCAGAGACCCGCUGGCCUGCCUCGAAGGCUUCAAGACGCUUGUGCAGCUGGCGCUCCGGCACCUCCUGGGCGUGCGCUUCUGCCCAUGCUGCCCCGACUGCGUCACCUCCGACACGCCCUGCGUGGAUGCUUUCGGCAGCAGCGCCAUGGCCUGCGGCGGCAUCUUCGGCCGCGUGGAUGCCGUCUUCGGCUCUCUGGAAACGCAAAAGAAUGGAGCGUUCCACGGGCACUUCCAGGUCUUCGUGCAGAACUUUCACCAGUUCACACCGCUGGCCGACAUGCUGAAGCUGAGCACCGGGGACAAGCGUGCUCUACUGCAGAAGUACAUGGCCUACGCGGGGCACGUGAGGCGCUCCGUCUACAGCGACCCCGCGGCCUGGAAGCAGAAGCGGCAUUCCAUCGAAGCCGAGUGGCCCGAGUACCGCAAGUCCACGUUGGUGCUGAGCCGCCCGUCGUAUCAGAAGGACGCAGCGCUGGAAGGAGAGCAGUGGCGAAGAGCGUUCCUGGAAGAAGACGUAGAAGCCUUGCAGCAGCACAAGCAGCACCACGUCCACCUGCCAAAGGCGCUCCAGCAGAAGCAAGCGGCGUACACCGCACAGGCCCUGCGGGCCAAGGCCACCUCCGUCGAGGCCGAAUGGCUGGAGCGAAAAGCAGAAGAGCGGGAAACAGCCUUCCUCGCGACAGACGCGGAGCGUCUUCCUCUGGCCCACUGCAGAGAUCCCCGCGAUCCGACCAAAUGCAAGGCAGGCUUUCCGAAGCCGCAGGAGCAAAUGACCGACGCCGCCGUGCUGGUCUGCGAGGGCUUGGCAAAACACAUGGGCUUGCCGGUCAAGGGCAAAAGAAGCGCGCUGGGCGCUCUCUGGGGCCCCGUCAACGACCCCAACCUUAACGGCACCCACCCUGCGUUGCUGGCAGCGCUCAGGUGCAACUCCGACGUCCAAGUGCCCUACCGCUUCCCGAUCCUGGCGGAGCUGCACGAAGACGAUCUCUGCCAGGAAGAUUGCGCGGCCGGCGCCGACCCCCGUCAGGUCGUCAAGCAAGCCCAGCAGAACCAGGCGGCGCAGGCGGGCUACGGCUGCGACUACAUGAACAAGAGACUGGCCAUCGCCGUGCAGGAAACGAAAGAGUGGCAGAAAGCUCAGACCGAGCUGGCCAAGGAGCUGGAAGGCAAGCCCACCGGCUACGCUAUGGGCAGGCACAGCAAGCGCCUCGCCACCGAUUGCUGCGCGCGGGGCGUCUGCCGGGCCUCUGUGGAAUGCGUCAACCUCGUGGACCACGCACGCAGCACUGAUUGCACACGCGCUGAGUCCAUCAAGACAGCGCAAGUCACGGACAUCGCCUUAGCUUACGGGCUUCGCCUGUUGGAUGCAGCUGUUGCUCGGGAGCCCCUACCCACGGAGCCCCGCCGAAUUCAGACAGACUCCAGGCACACAGGCUUUUAUGGCAAGAAGAAGUGCGCCGAGUGCCCGCCGUGGACGUUGUACGGAGAGCGCGGCCGUGAUCCGCGAGUGCACGAGCUGUGUGCCUUCGAAUUUGCGCGCCACUAUCACUACAAGCUUGCGUCGCAACCUUUUUCUGUGGCGCGGGAGGUGCAGGAGCCGGAGAAAUACCACGUCUUCCUUACCCAGGCCGGCAAAGCCAAGCUGAGGAUUGGAGUGGCCAUAACCAAGCUGCUUGCAGGGCUCGACUACCAGAUCAAGGAGCGAGGUGGAGUGGAUUGGCUGCCGCUCGGUCAUGGCGAGAGAGCCCAGCCAUAUCGACACGACUGGAUCGUGGAGCUCCGCAAGCGCCCCCAUGUGCCCGUGAUCUACGGUGCCCAGGGCUGCCGGACGGAGGAGGAGCAAGCUCAGAAAGUCAUGCUGCUCUUCUGCCCCUGGACCACCAACGCUGCCGAUGCCACGGACGCGGUGCCCUUCAUCAGCGACCUCCGCGGCGGCGCUGACAGCUGGCGGGACGCCUUGAAGCUUUGGUUCGCGAGGCGCGGCUUUGCCACUGAGACCCUCAGGCACUACAUCUUGAAUUUCUGCUUCGUCUACUGCCUGCCUCGGGAGCUGCAGUCCAACGGCGAACUGGCGGCCAACAGCGACAACGAAGGCAUCGAGGACCCGGUCAGCCGUAAUUCCUUUGUGUCCUUUAUGUUCGUGUCGAUUAAUGAGCCACUUCUAUAA